AGAAGGUAAUCAAUCUUCAUCAGUCUACAUUAGGAAUCACCUUAACAACUGCGCAAGACAGUUACCAAGCAAGACUUGUACAAUCCGUGGAUCUUUUGAGCGGAAAUAAGGAGUUUAUUUCGAUUGAACGCUGAAAAAAAGUUUACUUGAAGAAACUCACUGACGGAAUUAAUACCGAAGGAAGAUUGGGGGGUGGGAACCCUUAAAUCAAAACAGCAGAGUCCGUGGAAACGUUAAGCUUUUAGCAUGAUGUCAUACCUCAAACAGCCCCCUUACGGAAUGAACGGACUGGGGCUAAGCGGUGCCAUGGACCUACUGCACCCUUCUGUCGGAUACCCUGCGACUCCAAGGAAACAGCGGCGGGAGAGGACAACUUUCACGCGUUCCCAGCUCGACAUUCUGGAAUCGCUUUUUGGCAAAACACGAUACCCGGACAUAUUCAUGAGGGAGGAAGUCGCUUUAAAAAUCAAUUUGCCGGAAUCGAGAGUUCAGGUAUGGUUCAAAAACCGUCGUGCAAAAUGCCGCCAGCAGCAACAGAGUGGAAAUGGCGUGAAGGCCAGGCCAGCCAAGAAGAAAGCGUCCCCCACCAGGGAGAGCACUGGCUCGGACACCAGCGGCCAGUUUACCCCUCCGACCGUGUCCAGCUCAGGGUCGUCUUCCUCGUCCAGCUCCACCUCGAGUAAUACUGGGAUCAGCAACACCUCUACCUCCAUCAGCAACCCUGUGUCGUCCAUCUGGAGCCCAGCUUCCAUCUCUCCUGGUUCAGCACCACCUGUUGCUAUCCCUGACCCUCUUCCUCCCACCAGCACCUCCUGCAUGCAGCGGUCAGUCUCCAGUACAUCCGCAGCCUCCUACCCCAUGACCUACAGCCAGACCACUGGGUACAGCCAGGGCUACCCAGCCCCUUCCAGUUCCUACUUCAGUGAUUGCAGCUCCUACCUGACUCCCAUGCACUCACACCACCAUCCCCACCAACUGAGCCCCAUGGCGCCUUCCUCGAUGUCUGGACAUCCCCACCAUCACUUGAGCCAGUCCUCAGGCCACCAUCACCAUCAUCACCAUCAGGGUUACACAGGAGCUGGAUUAGCCUUCAACUCCUCAGAUUGCCUGGAUUACAAAGACCAAUCCUCUUGGAAACUCAACUUCAACACAUCAGACUGCUUGGACUACAAAGAUCAGGCAUCCUGGAGGUUUCAAGUCUUGUGAAUAAACGAAACCACCAACAAAUAUCUUCAUUUGUUUCAAUAAAGCUUUUAUGAACUUAAUUGUCUAAUAGAGUUAGAGACAUACAAAAGUUUUCAUCCCUUGAAAAAUUAACCAAAAGUCCUUCUCAUUCUCCUGUGGACAGAAGUUGCCCCAGCAUUGACCACCAAAUAUUUUCUCCACUCUGUGCAGGUGUGAUUUUGUUUUUUUAAAUGAAAUGAUUUUCAUUUUUUUUUUUUUUUUUAACAAAGUGUGGAUCACAGAAUACCGGACAAAAGUUUUAACAAAAGGAACGUUUUAUUGUAAGGUUUUGUUUUUACAGGUUUAACCAAACUACAAAGCGCAAAUUAUUUCCAAGACCUGCUUAGGCCUGCUGUUGCAGCAGGGUUGAGGGGAGAUUUGCUGCAAGAAACUUUGAAACGUGACAGAUUGACAAGUCAAUACAAAUUGUGUGUAGACUUUUUUAAAAUUUUCACUGUUAUUUUGAGGAUGGGAUGGGGGGUGGGGGUGGGGAGAGUCGGCUGCAUGAAGGAGCUGGACAUUUGUAAAUAUAAUUAGGUCAGUUACAGUGACCACAUUUGUUUGUUACUGGAUUGCAUUUUUUUUUUAAAUUAUAACAAACCAUAAUGUCUAAAACACUGUAAAUGUCCUGUAGAACAUCAUUUAAUGUCAACAACACUCCUAGUAGUAAAAUCUUAAGAGAAAUGUUUGAAUUCUUACUUUACUUUGCGCCCCCCCCACCCCCC